UGUCAGUCCCACCCCACAUGUUCUUUCCUCUCCCUGUCUUUUAAGCUUUAACUCUCUCUCUCUCUCUUCCGCAAGAAGAAGAAGAAGAAGAAGAAGAAGAAGACGAAGCGUCUAAAUAAGCUACACCCCAAAAAGUAUUUCGGUAAUGAUGGGAGGAGGAGAGAUGAGACGCACGUAAAGAAGUAGACGAAGAAGAAGAGGGGGGGGGGCGGCCUUGGUUGAGCAUGAUUAAAGUUUACAUCUUUUCUAGAGAGAGAGAGAGAGAGUGAGUAAGAGAGAGAGAAACUACGACCCCAUCGUCAGAUUCUUGCACAGUGAGGUGAGAGAGGGCUUUUGUCUCGCGGCUAUGCAUUCCAAAAAGAAAACCGCCAAGACCCAAUAAGAAGAAGAACCACCAUCAUUCCCAUUUCGCUCUCCACCUCAAACUCGACACCAUCAUUCUCUCUCUUCUUUUGCUUUUCCUCACUCUCUCUGCCAGCUGCUACUUCUCGCUGAAGCUCGCUCUGUUUCUCUCUGUCUCUGCGCGCGCGUGUGGACGCUCGGUGGCAGAUUUCGUGAUAUGGAGAAGAAGCAGGGGUUCUUCUCGGCUCUCAAGGACGAGGUGGUGCGCGGCCUCUCCCCGUCGCGGUCCCGGCCCCGCUCCAGGGCCAAGAGCCCCCGCAGGAGCGCGUCACCCAUGGCCGGCCUCUUUAGGAGGAGGAAGGGGGGACAAGUGGCGCCGCCCGAGCUGCUGAUGUCGAGAUCCGGCACCUUGGUGAGGCCCGUCGAGGCUCUCUCCCCGUUGAUGGAAGGCCCCGAUCAGGACGGCGCGGAAUGCGGGGAUUCCAGGCGGGGCCACUGGAUGCGAGCGCCAUCCGUCUCUUCUUCCUCCUCCUCCGCCGCCGCCGCAGCUAGCAAGCAGUCGGAUCUGAGGCUUCUGCUCGGCGUGCUUGGCGCGCCGCUCGCUCCCGUGCACGUGGCCGCCUCCGAUCCCCUCCCUCACCUCAGUAUCAAGAACAUCCCCAUUGAAUCCUCGUCCGCGCAGUACAUACUGCAGCAGUACAUGGCAGCGUCUGGAGGACAGAAGCUCCAGAACUUCAUUAACAACGCGUACGCCAUGGGAAAGGUCCGGAUGAUAGCCUCCGAAUUCGAGACGCCGAACAAAGUCAUCAAGAACAAGAAUUCCUCCAAGGCCGCCGAGUCGGGUGGCUUCGUCCUCUGGCAGAUGAAUCCUGACAUGUGGUAUGUCGAGCUGGCGCUUGGAGGCAGCAAAGUUCACGCUGGCUGCAAUGGGAAGAUUGUAUGGAGGCACACGCCCUGGCUCGGCGCGCAUGCAGCGAAGGGACCCGUUAGGCCUCUCCGUCGGGCACUCCAGGGUCUUGAUCCAAGAACCACGGCAAGCAUGUUUACGAAUGCUCGGUGUAUCGGGGAGAAGAAGGUCAACUUAGAGGAUUGUUUCAUUCUUAAGCUUUGCGCAGACCCUGUUACCCUGAAGGCCAGGAGCGAAGGACCAGCUGAAAUCAUACGGCACGUCCUGUUUGGGUACUUCAGCCAGAAAACAGGGCUCCUCAUUCACUUGGAAGACUCGCAUUUGACCCGGAUCCAGAAUAACGGAGGUGAUGCUGUGUAUUGGGAGACCACAAUCAACUCCUUCCUUGAUGAUUAUAGGCCUGUGGAGGGAAUCAUGAUCGCACAUUCGGGGCGGUCAGUAGUGACCCUUUUCAGGUUCGGAGAAACUGCAAUGAGCCAUACCAAGACCAGGAUGGAGGAAGCAUGGACCAUCGAGGAAGUGGCCUUCAAUGUACCUGGACUGUCGUUGGAUUGCUUCAUCCCUCCCGCGGAAAUCAGAUUAUCCUCGAUCAGUGAAGCCUGUGAACUCCCUCAUGGUCAGAGAGCAAGGAAUGUGGCUGCUAAUCUAAGUAGUAGUGUACAUCGCGCCAGAGUUGCUUCACUAGACAGAUCUCAUGGUAGUGUGACCCGCAAUUACAUUUAGACGGAUGCUCGUAAAACAGAAAGACACCGCCAAUCUUUUCCCUGUGUAAUAGUGUGGAGUAGCUACCAACCACCAUUAGAAGGUAGUCUGAAUGUCAGCACUUGAUCAAACAUCCAAACUGUAAAUACGGCGCGACAGGUCGCGGGAGGUGCCAGACUGCGAGGAAGCAGGAUUUUGAUGGAUCAAUAUGCUGGUGGAGUUUUCUUUUUCCCUUUCCCUUAUAGAACAAGAUCAGCUCGUUUGUUCAAAUAUUAAAUCAGGUUAUCCUGGAAUCACAUUCGAAGUGUGGUUCUUGGGGAAGUUGCUCAUUGAGCGCAAGCCAAUCGAUAUACUCAAAGAUUAUCAGAACGAUAUGUAAAAGCUCGUGCAACUUCAACAAUUUGCAUAGUCGAAAUUUUCCUAAAUUCCUCGCUGAGUUUAUCUUUUUGUG